CUUGUGUUCGUUCUCUCUCUCUCUUGCUCUCUUUGUUUCCUCCUUUUCUAGUUCGGUAGAAAAAACAAAGUCUUCUCCUUUUCCCCUGUAUUUAUUCUGGGUCAAAACCCCUUUUUUGAAAUUUUUUUUAGGGUGAUUGGAUUGCUUUUGGUUUUCAUGCUCAUUCCUAUCUACCCUUAUAGUAAAUAUGACAAGCAAUUGGCCAGAUGCCAAAGCGCAAGCGUCUCAAUAUUGUAAAAGUCCAGUCAAACAACCAAACUGCAGCUAGUUUACCCUCUUCUCCAUCCAUAAACAAUGAGGUUGAGCCAAGCCAACAACCUGCUCCAUCUCAAAACAAUGCAAGUGAGUCAAGCCAUCAACAUGCUAUGCUAGAAGAAACAAAUUCUAGAGUAGCACCAUCUCCACCGCCUAGAAAGCCAAGAGGUCCAACAUUGAUGUCCCACAUAUGGGAGUUGGAAAAAGGUGUCAAGGUCAACGUCAUAUUUGAUCCAACUUGCCACCCAGUUGGUAAAGAAGGCUACACCUUGACUCGAUUCCUUGAUACUGUUGCAAGAAAAUCAGAUGUUGCACCUAUUAACUACAAGGAAUGGAGGGAUAUGCCUCAAAUUUAUAAGGAUGACAUGUGGAAGAUUAUUGAGUCCAAGUUCCUUAUUGAGGAAAGCCGCACAGAGCAAAUCGAGAGUUGGAUUAUGACUUAUGUUAAUGAAAAAUGGAAAAGCUAUAAAAAUGAGCUAAAAAGUACAGGAUUUGAUCCAUUGCUAACAGUAGAUGAAAUGUAUGAUAAGAUUAAUGAUUCUCAAGUUGAUAAGGAGCAAUUUGAAGUGCUUGUUGAAUAUUGGCGUAGUGAGAAGGGAGAGGAGGGGGGACUUGUAAGUGAAAAGGCAAGCCAAGUGAUGGAACAACUUAAAAACUACAUGAGUGAGUCAACUUCUUCUACAAAUGCAUUAGAGGAAACUACAUCUUGGCGAGAUGAUGUAUUCUCUAAGGUGAAGGGAUCUGACAAGAAAGGGAGGGUUUGCUGCUUAGGGAAGCUAAUGAAGGCAAGAUUCCCAGACGAGAAUAUCACAGAUAUUCUACAAGCUGCCAACCAAUUAGGUGCUGCCAACAGAUUGGAUAGAGAGGUUCCAGAUGCUAAUAGUGGGCAAGGCUUUUCCCCAAAUAAUCGUUCCUCUUCACAAUCAAGCCAUCACCUUUUGUCUCGCCAAAAUGAAAGUAAUGAAGAAAAUGAUGGGCAAAGGGAUUGAAAGGCAUGUUUGUGUCUCCCUACUUGAUAGUUUAAAGACUAAUGACUUUCUAGUUUGGUAGAUGCAUUUUCUUUUGGACAAUUUUACAUUGAUACGAGAUUAUCAUGAAGUAUUAGAAGUUUUACAUUGCUUUUCAUUGGAAAUUCGUUUUUAGAUCUGGUGUUUCUGUUUUGUUUGUUGAUAAUCUAAUCUACAAAUUUGGAGAUUAAGCUUUCUUUGGUGGAUUUUUGAAGAGUUUUUGUUUCAUCUUUUAGAUCUGUUACUAAGAUGAUUUCUGGGAAUUUCAGUAUAAUUUAUGCUUAAUUCAGUAGGUAUUUAAUUAAAAUGAGGCAAAAAU